AUGAAAUGUGAUGGACUUACGCCAUGUCGUUAUUGUCAGACAAAGUCACUUGAAUGUGUUUACACUAAAAUCGAUGGCCGCUCGCUUAAAGCUAAAGCUUAUCUGGAGAAAAUGAAAUUGAAUCCCAGCUUUGAAGGAGAUCAAUCAAAUGGUAUUCCUUCAACAAAUUCAUCACACACUAAUGAUGAUUUAGAACCAGAAAUCCCUUCACUUACACAUUCACCGAAACAACAUUCGGCGUCAUUUGCCACCAAACUGACAGGAAAACCGUCGCUGCCGCCGUUAUCUUUGAGUAUUAUCUGCGAAAAUUUACAAACUGCCCUUACUACUGGCUCCUUACCACCUUCUGCUACCAAAGAUCAAGAGCUGAAAGAAGGUCUCUCCAAUUUGAAUGGACAAUAUACAAGACUAUUGACUACAAAAACUGGUAAUUUGAGAUUUUUUGGAGAAAGUAGCGCCCUUUCCUUAUUGGGCGAAUGCAGAAGCUUAUUCAGGGAUGUAUCGGGAACGAGUCGUUUCACUGAUGAUCCUGUUCAACAGUUUAUUACCGAUGAAAGUGUCGAUUACCGGCUUCUUCCUGUUCCUGUCCAACUUCCCACUAAGGCAGAUGCUUUCAUUUUAAUUGAUCUUUUUAAAACAAACAUCAACGAUACGUUUUACGUUUUCAAUAUGAAAUAUUUCAAUAAACAUAUAUUCGAAGAGAUUUAUCGAGAUCCCGUUAAUAGCAGCUCAAAAAAGUUGUGUUUGCUAUAUAAUGUGUUUGCAAUUGGGAGGUUAUUUAGUGAGGGUUCACGUCAUUUAUGUCUUAAUUUGCCAACACUGGAGGUCUUUUUCAACCUGGCGCAAGUAUUACUACGAAAUAAUGUUUUUGAUGGCAAGAUUUGGAUGUGCGAGGUUUACUUUCUUGAAUAUUUUUACUUCCAAUCGUGUUGCAAUAGAUCAAAUGCGUGGAUACAGCUAGGAAGUGCGAUCAGAAUAGCACAAGCGUUGGGGUUACAUCGUCGUUGCAUAAAUGACAGAAUAACUAAUAGGGAAAUUUUGAAUCACAGACGAAGAUUAUGGAGAAGUCUCUACGUUUGUGAUUGUGUCAGUAGCGUCAAUCUAGGUCGACCCUUGAUGAUUAAUGAUUACGACUAUGACGAUGCUGAUAGUAAGAUUGAUGUUGAGGAUCUAGGAGAGGUUGAGCAAAUUCGAAUAUUGGCACAGAAAGCUACUUCAGACAGUGCGGCAAUCAAUGCCAAGAUUGUUGAGAACAUUUUUAAAGAUGGGGUGGUGAAUAUUAAAAGAGCUCAUAUUUUAGCUUUACAGUUAAAAAUUUGGUCAGUCCAGCUACCAAAGGAGUUACAAUUAAGUGCUGCAAUGGAAAGUCAAAUGGAAUCAGGAACUGACCCUAACAAUUAUUUGUACGUAUUUGUCCAUAUUGGCCAAUUGUAUGGGAUUAUGACACUCACAAGGCCAUUUUUGGUUUACGUAGUUACUCGAAAACUUAAACCGGAAGCAAAGCAACAAGUAAAGGAUGAACAGAGCUUGAUGAAUUUUUGCAAAGCAUGUAUCAAGGCAAGUUUCUUGGUGAUCAAACUUUUGAAGUUUUUUGUCACCCAUAAUCCGCACAGAAAAGAAGUGUUUACAAUCCAGUCUGCAUGUUUCUUUGCCUCAAUAAUUUUAGGAUUUACUUUAUUAGAGCAACGCAAAUCAUCCAAGCCAGAUCUUCAUUAUAUUUCAGUAUUACAGGACACAUUGCAAGACGGGUACAAUAUCUUAAACAAUUAUGCUAACUUCAACAUCACAUGCAAGAGAUGGGCCAUCAACCUACAAAAUAUGAUUAAUCAUUUAAAGAAAUUUGAGCCUGCACCCAGGCGGAGCAGUCAAUCCCCACCAGUAGUUCCAGAGGGUGACCCGGAACCUUUUAAUGAUGAGUUAGUUAGUUGGGGGAUUGAUAAUAGGGCUUUGGAAGAGGUGCUAAACUUUCAACAAUACUUUGUUCCCAGCACAACGUCGAAGGAGCUCGAUGACAUAUUAAAUGGCACUUCUGAUAACAAUUACAUUAAUAGCAACAGUUCCGAAAGCAGUGAUUUUUUAGAUGCGUUUCGAUAUGAUAAUGGAGAACAUGUUAUUUUCGGACAACGGAAGCGAAGCUUCGCAUAA